UGCGGCGGCUCCGUGAAGAAAUCCACGAAUCGCUGAAUAUGACAUCACCAUCAUGACCAGAAUUCCCAAAUUGUGAUAAUACUUCAGGCCUAAGGGUUCCUUUCUCAAACGUUCCUUUAGACAUAAAAAUAUAUAUAUUACCAAAGCCUUUUUUUUUUAAUUAGUAAAAUUAGCUGAUCGACCCCUAACCAAAGUUAAACAUAAGAAUGGCCAAUCAAAUGCCAAUUUACAGUCAGGUUGUGCCAAAAAGCCAGUACAAGCCGAAGAGCUCGAAGGCACGUCAGAACCUCACGAAACCGGACUUCGAUCCUUUGAAUUGUAACAACGGCGGUAAUUUUGCGAACGCCGACGGAAAAAUCGAUAAGGAAAAGAAAGAGAAGAGGGAAGCUAGGAGGGAAGGGAAGAGAGUUAAGAAUGAGGGCAGCGAAGGAAAGGUGGAAGCUUACUUGAGGCAGUACCAGGUCAGCAUGAGGCAGCAGCAGCACCGCCAUUCGUCCGUCAGGCAGGCCGAACAUCGUGUUAAUCUCAGAUCUCUUCCUUUAAAUGAAGGCGUCACGUCCGUUCGCGGCCACGAACGCACGCCGACAGAACGCCACCGAGGUUUCCCAUGCGACAGAGAAGGCGGUAGGGAACAUCGUCGCGAGAGAGACAAAGACAGGGAUAGAGAUAAUUUUGAUGUGGACGGAGCACAGCUGAGUCCGUCGGCUCCUCGCGACAAGGACCCACGUCCGAUGCGUAAGUCUUCGUCAUCGAAUCGCGUGCCCGAAGCCGCGACCUCGACCGACAAACGACGGUUCUUCUGCAGGGAGUGGGCGUUUCAGAAGAUCGCUCACUGCCUCGAACAGCGACCGGUCAGCAAGACUUGCGGCGUGCUGGUUCUCGGUAAUGCGGGCAGUGGAAAGACUGCACUUUGUCAAGAGCUUAGCGAGCCGGGUCAAGGUCCUCAAGCGAGGCAACAGAGGGCAUUGAACCGGAGAUUGCUGGCCAGGCAUUUCUUGCAGAGCAACACGGAGAGCAGCCUUCGUCCGGGUGAGUUCGUCCGGUCGCUGGCGAUGCAGAUCCUCAGCCACUCAUCGCGGCGCGCGCUGCCCGGCGCCGGCGGGGACUCUCCCGACGACAGGAACAAUUCAGAAGAAGAGCGUCUUAUCAGCCGUUUCCGGGAGUUGGGCGACGAGAACGAAGAAAGCUCUAAGCCUCUUCUAGCCGACAGCGAAGAUCAACGUACGGACGAGGAAGAAACUGGUAGCGCCAGACGAACUCGAACCAUUGACCGGAUACACGAGAGGGAAGCGUAUCUGGAUUCAAUGAUCGACGAUGCCUCCUUGAGCGCCGUUGACGAUCUGCCCGAGAUCUUGCCACGGAACGCGAAGACGACGAACCCGUUCGCGAACGAGAACCGAACCGACCCCGACUUCAGGCUGUACGAGAACCACGAGAACCUGUUCCUGCGCAACAUCUCGCAGCGGCAGUCCAAGGAGCUGAGGAACUCGAGGCUGCUGAGGCAGAGCUCGGAGCCGCUGACCGAGAAGAAGACUCCCGCGUUACAGAAGAGCCUGUCUACGGAGCAACGGAACGACAGCGCGCAGGACGAGAGGCCCAAAGUCGAGAACAGCCCCCCCAAGUCCAGAAUACCAGUCGCCAACUUCAUGUACCCGAACAAGAGCGGUCUGCGUUCCGCUGAGGGCUCCCCGAGGAAGGCGGAGCCGCCGAAGGUCGAGGAGCCCCCCGAGUACCAGAACGUCGUGAACGCCGACCUGGAGCCGCCCGAGCUGGAGGUUCUGCUGGAGAAGAAGCGCAGCGAGAGCGCGGACGUGCCGCCGCCGAUACCCAGCCUGCCGGUCAACCCGCGGACCGUCAUAGCCAACGCUUACUACGACAAACUCCUUGCCGAACCUGAUAUACAGCAGGCGCUGCUGCCCCAGAACUUGGAAGAGAAUCCAGACGAAUGCUUCAAGAAGGCCCUUCUCUUCCCCCUACUGGAAAUAGAGGCGCCCAAGCAGUGCUUGUUUUUGUUGGUGGACGCCAUCGACCAAGAUUCGCUGGACGGUGCGACAGUGAGCUCGGUCCGCAACGAAGACGCAGCUAGCACGGUGGCGUCGCUGCUGGCCCGACAGCAGCACCUCUUCCCGCAGUGGCUCCUGUUGCUGUGCACCGCGCGGAGACACUCCAGGCAGCUCACCAAGAUGUUCACGGGGUUCCGUAAGAUAACCCUGGACGAGCUCCAGCGCGCGCACGUGUCGGCCGACGUGCAGCGCUACGUGCUGGCGCGGCUGGACACCGAGCCCAGGCUGAGGGCCCGCGUAUCAAGCGACUCGGCGGCUGCGGCGGCGGCGGCUGCGGCUCUGGACCACCUCCGAAUCAAGAGCGACGGGUGUCUGUUGUACCUUGAGAAGGUUCUGGACGGUGUCGCAGACGGCUUCAUAGCUCUUCGUGAGAUAAGGGAAAUACCGAGCACCCUAAACGGAUUGUAUCUGUGGCUGGCGCAGAGACUGUUCCAUGGGAGACGAUUCGCUAAGGUUCGUCUCCUGCUGGACGUGCUGCUGGCGGCCCGGUGCGGGGUCACAGAGGAGAUGCUCUACAAAUGUCUGCUCACGAAGGAAUACAGUGUUACACGAGAAGAUUUCAAUAGAAGAAUUCACUUGCUCAGGAGAAUCCUGGUGAUCGAGAAGAGCACGGGCUACCUGUCGAUAUUCCACCACUCGUUCUCGUGCUGGCUGCUGGACGUCAAGCACUGCACGCGGCGCUACCUGUGUUGCCUGGCGGACGGGCACGCCGCGCUCGCCAUGUACUACACGCUCAUAGCGAAACGCCUGUCAGCGCUGGAGAUCCACAACUACGUGUACCACAUGACGCGGCUGGAGCAUCAUCUGUCGUCGCUGAACAAGAGCAGAGGCGAUCACGACGGGCCGGUCGAUCUGCACACCCUGGUCUUGUUGUGGGUGUUGGAUUCUUCGUGCGACGUCGAGUCGGCCCUGAAGAACGAGGUCCGGAGACUGGACAUGUCGCAGAAAACUGAAGCGAGCCACGUCGAAGAGUCGAGCGGGAGGGAGGAGAACGCGCAAGCUACAGAUUCCGCCUCAAUUGAGUCAAUAAUGCCGGAGCUGAUCAGCGGAGCCCCAGUCGCUUGGUGCAAGGACAAGCGGGUCGCGAGGGCGCUCUACGAACUAGCUAAAGGUCCGGCCCUGCUCGACCCCAGCGACGUCGGAGCCGGAGAGGUGAUAAUAGAGCAGUCGAACGAGGAUGAGGUCCCCCAGGAAUCCUGUGAGGAACGGGAGGAUCCCAUAGUUCUAGACCCGAAUAUCAUACACGAGCUGGUCGCUAGGGGCGACGAGGAAACCCUGGCUACGCUUCUGAAGCGUCACCCGGAGCUGGUGGGUGCGGGGGGCGGUGGGGAGGCGGGGCUGCAGGCGGCGGCGCGCGCCGGGCGGUCGGGCUGCGCGCUGGCCCUGCUGCGUGCGGGGGCGGCGCCCGACGUGCCUGACGCUGACGGCUGGAGCCCGCUCCGAGCCGCCGCUUGGGCUGGACACACCGAGGUCGUGGACGUGCUGCUGGAGUACGGAUGUGACGUCGAUUGUGUGGACGCGGACAACCGGACUGCGCUGAGGGCGGCGGCGUGGUCCGGCCACGAGGCGGUGGUCUCCCGGCUGCUGGCCGCCGGCGCAGCCCCGGACCGCGCGGACGCGGAGGGCCGCACGGCGCUGAUAGCCGCCGCGUACAUGGGGCACGCCGAGAUCGUGAGGGCGCUGCUGGACGCCGGGGCCCGCGUGGACCACGCCGACGAGGACGGUCGCACGGCGCUGGCGGUGGCGUCGCUGUGCGCGGGCGGCGCGGCGUGCGCGGCGCUGCUGCUGGAGCGCGGCGCUGACGUCACGGCGCACGACCGCGACCACGCCACGCCGCUGCUCGUCGCCGCCUUCGAGGGUCACACCGAGAUCUGCGAGCUGCUGCUGGAGGCGGAGGCGGACAUCGAGGCUUGCGACGGCGCCGGGCGCACCGCGCUGUGGGCGGCGGCGUCGGCCGGGCACGCCGACACCGUGCGCCUGCUGCUGUUCUGGGGCGCCUGCGUGGACGGCAUGGACGCCGAGGGCCGCACCGUGCUGUGCACCGCCGCCGCGCAGGGCAACGUGGAAGUGGUGCGGCAACUCCUCGACCGCGGCCUGGACGAGCACCAUCGGGACAACUCCGGCUGGACGCCCUUACAUUACGCGGCUUUUGAAGGUCACAUCGAAGUGUGCGAAGCGUUACUAGAAGCAGGCGCUAAGGUGGACGAGGCCGACAACGACGGUAAGGGGGCGCUGAUGCUGGCCGCCCAGGAGGGACACACCAGGCUGGUGGAGAUCCUCGUGGACGACUGGGGGGCGCCCGUCGACCAGAGAGCUCACGACGGAAAGACCGCUUUAAGGCUGGCUGCUCUGGAGGGCCAGUUCUCGACGGUGUCGGCGCUGCACGCGCGCGGCGCGGACGCCGACGCCGUGGACGCGGACCGGCGCAGCACGCUGUACGUGCUGGCCCUCGACAACCGCCUCGCCAUGGCGCGCUUCCUGCUGACCUCCUGCGGCGCCAGCGUGCACACGGCCGAUGCUGAGGGUCGCACUCCCUUGCACGUAUCAGCGUGGCAGGGUCACACCGACAUGGUGAAUUUGCUGAUCACAGUAGGGGGGGCGCGCGCGGACGGGCGGGACGCGGCGCGGCGCACGGCGCUGCACGCGGCGGCGUGGCGCGGGCGGCGGGCGGCGCUGCACGCGCUGCUGCGGCACGGCGCCGACCCCUCCGCGCUGUGCUCGCAGGGAGCCACGCCGCUAGGUAUAGCUGCGCAGGAAGGUCACGAGGAGUGCGUCCUGUAUUUGCUGCAGUAUGGCGCUGAUCCCCAGCAGACCGACCACUGUGGUCGGACGCCUGCGAAGGUCGCCUGGCGGGCGGGCCACGCGAACAUAUGUCGCUUGUUGGAACGGUGGCCGACGGUCAGCGAACAGCUACCACCGACGGCGCCGCCGCUGGCCGCCAGAACGCCCAGUGCUGGCUCACCGGAGUUCAAACGCCGCAGCGUCCACAGUUCGAACUCGACCAAGUCCUCGUCGAACCUGACCGGGGGCUCGCACCCGUCGCACGAGCCCGAGCCGCCCGCGGAGCCCCACGACAAGGGCCGCGCGAGUCUGUCGUUCGCGCAGCAAGUGGCGCGCUGCGGGCGGCCGCGCCGCGGGUGCGAGCGGGACAGCACGAUACCGGAGCACGCGGCCGCCGAGGACGACGCCAAGCUGAGGAGUUACAUAGCGCACGAGCGAGACGCCGAGCUCCGCGGCUACGUGUGCGAGCGGGACAGGCGGCGCGACGCUCGCCACGGGUGCGAGCGGGAUAGCACGAGCCCGCUGUACGCGUCGCCGCCGCGGAGUCCCACCAGCGACAUCUGCAGCCCCACACAGCCUACUAUAGCUUUUGAUAAGAGCCAUGUUUGCUUGGCAGGACCCCAGCCGCCGAGCUUGUCGACCGUCCAGCCCGGGCUCGCGGACCCUCACUUCAACAGAGACACGCACAUGAGGAUCAUACUGGGCAGGGACAGCAAACCGGCUCACGAUAAAAACGACAGUGCAUUGUGGACGACGAAAGGAAGGCUAGCCUGCAACAAGUUAUUCGGGAGUAUCGAGAGAACGAGAGGCAGGAUAUUAAAGAAAACCAAGAACAAAAGAAAUGGAAUCGUCACGAAUCCAGCGAUGAGAUUGGUGGCGAACGUCAGGAAUGGACUCGAUAACGCGGCGGCCAACAUCCGGAGGACCGGCGUCGCCCUGGCGGCCAGCACUAGCUCCAACAAUCCGGCAGUCAAGUCCAACGCGUUCCAGUGGAGGAAGGAGACGCCGUUGUAACCUGCCACAGGAACCUCACGCAGCUUUUAUCGAGCUUACAGCUAGCCAACUCCUGAGCGGCGGUCUGCUUGGCUAUGAGCAUUGGUUAUAUCCACGAGCGACGGUGAGCCGUAGACCCGUCUAUCUUCGUGAACGUACAAAGAAAUAUAUUAUUAAAAGUAUGAAUUCGGGAAGUACACGCAGUGAGCUCAGGACCCGUAGUCACCGAGCCGCAUGGAGGUACUCACUGAACUUCAAAUAGUUUCCCUCGAAGAGCCGCGGAGAGUACUCGAAGCUCCCUUAAAGCUUUCUAUUAAUUUUGCAAGUUAUUUUCUUUAGCAAUCAAAUUAUCGCUCCAAAAAAAUUACUACCUACCUACUUUAAUUUAAAAAAAAAGAAUUGUGCGUCAUUGUAACUGAAUGUGAGUAUUAUGAAGUUUUUUUUUUUU